AUGUUAUAACUGCUAAUUUCAAGGCUCAUUUAUUGUUUAAAUUGUGAUUAAACAACUACUUUACCUUGUCCAGAUUUUUGUGCAGAUCGAAUAAUUAGUGGAAUUGAGGAAUGUGAGAAUGGAUACACUAUUUAAUAUAAUGGAUGCUUUGAUUGUAAAUUUUAAUGUUAACUUUAAUGCACAACAUGUAUUAAAAUAAGCGUACGGAGCAAAUUAAUUUGA